AAGUUUGGAACCAAUUGGCCAAGUUCAACCAUAUCGUGAAACUGCUUAUGAGCCUGGUCAGCUCAUUCUUCAUCGUUUCUUUGGCUACCGCGGGGUCAUUCUAAGCGCGUGGCCUGCUAGGAUUUUUGACAAAAACAUUGCCAUGGAUAGCCAGCCUUUAGGUGGUGUCAUUCAAGAAAGCGGACGCCCGAUAUUUGUGUAUACAGUGCUUACGGAUGACCGUGAUAUCAGCUUAUGUAAUUCUUCCCUCAUAUCUGGAAUUACAUUCCUCCCUGAUGACCAAAGUCUCCUCAGUACAAUUUACGUCGUAUCGGGUGUGGAUUAUGCUUUUCACGACGAUCUCAUCCCCUACACUUGCAAGAACUCUCGUCCUCUUACAAACGAAUACUUCGAGGACUUCAUGCAUUACGAUCCGGAUAAAGAACCGCAUUUCUACCCAACGGACAAUUUAUGUCGCUGGCUCGAGUCUAGACGGUCGAGUCUUGAAGUGAAGACUGUCCACCGAGAAACAACCGAGGGUAUUCGCGUGACAGCUGUCCCCUGUCUGAUGGGGCGCCGUAAAUUCAGGUGGCGCUAUUUAAUUCGUCUGGAGAAUUUGACGGACGAGUGUGUCCAGCUGAGGGAGCGAUUUUGGAAGCUCUUCUCCGUCAACGGCAGCCUCGAAUCAGUCGCCGGCAAGGGUGUCGUUGGCCUGCAGCCCACACUGACACCGCACAGCCCCGUGUUCCAGUAUCACAGUCACGUUCAAGUGCCAGUGGCCCGAGCCCACAUGUGGGGACAAUUCAGGCUAGAGAAGACGUCCGGUGGCACUAUCGACGUCAAGAUUCCCGCUUUUCCCCUUUUUGAUAGGGAAAAUGCGGGCCCUCGUGUCGUUGUUGACGACGAUGACGAUGGUAACAACAACAACGGUGGUCACAGUCCUGGCCAGAAAUAA